AUGAACGAACAACAAAGACCAUUCGUGUCGAACGUUACAGGCUAUCCAGUGCAAUAUGCCACACAGCCUAUCGCACCGAGGGGAGUGCAACCGACUCCGUAUCAGUAUCCUCGAAUGCAAUAUCCGAUUGGGCAAUCGCAGUUAAUGAUGAAUACACCUACUCAACCUCGCCCAAUUCAUAAUGCUGGUCCGCCAGCUGUAGCGUCUAGCCCUGCAACAGUGGUGCGAAAACGUACGAUUCCAGAAACUGCUACUAUGAAUACAAUGAAUACACAAGUAAAAAAAAAGCGGGCGAUUGACAGAAACAUCCCAGAAAAGCUCGAUACACUCGUUCCAGAAUCACGAUUAUAUACAGAACUCCAAGAGUUUGAAAGAAAGUUAGACUCGACAAUUGUUCGCAAAAAAUUAGAAAUAACGGAAUCUUUAUCGAAGCCGAUGAAGGUUAAGCGUACCCUCAGAGUAUUUAUAUCUAAUACAUCAUGUAAUCAGCAACCUGUACAGGAAGUUGAAGGAAACGAGAUCGAUUAUGGUAGUAACAUUCCGGCCUGGACAUUAAAGAUUGAGGGAAGGUUACUUGAUCCUAUAAAUGCGAAAAACACCAGACCACCUACUCGAAAAUUUUCUCAUUUUUUCAAGUCCAUAAUUGUCGAGUUAGAUAGAGAUCCCGAGAUGUAUCCCGAAGGCAAUUUAAUUGAAUGGAACAAAACGUCAGAUGCUGAUGACGUUGACGGAUUUGAGAUAAAACGUAAAGGUGACUCAAAUCUCAAAGCAAAAAUAUUCCUAAAUCUAGAUCAACAGCCACCAAGGUACAAAUUAUCACCUGAAUUAGAAAGUAUUUUGGAUAUACAAGAAGAAACAAAACCAGGCAUUAUUAUGGCUUUAUGGCAGUAUAUAAAACAUAAUAAUUUGCAAGAUAAUGAGGAUAAACGGAUAAUUAACAAUGAUAUGCGAUUAUACGGGAUUUUUAACGCUCCACGGAUCGCUUUUCCACAAAUUCCAGAAUUGAUAAGCAAGCAUUUGGCGCCUGUUGAUCCCAUACUGAUAGAAUAUACAAUUCG